GUGCAGUUUACAACGAAGCAUGGAACAGUCCGGGUUGAUGUGAAUUGUGAACGAGGCACGGGAUCGGGACCGCAGUCGUAGGCCAGCCAGUAUCACAAACUAAUUCCUGAUAUACGCACGACUUUUUAAUACGCGCGCUCUUACGCUCGCUAAUUACCGCUUCGCAUCAUUAUCACUCUUUAUAAAUCGGACGUGUUUUAGCACAGUUGUAAUCAGUUAAUUAAUUGGAAUAAUAAUAUCGUGUUUUCGUUCAUCAAUACGGUUUUAUCUGCAGUCGCAGAAAGACGACUGAAAACAAUGCUUGCUACAAGUUGUGAUCUCUGGUUCUGAAAUUAAAUAACUUUUAGUUUAAUAUUGUGUAUAUGAUAUUAUAACAAUGGAAAGUAAAAUAAAUACUGUUGCUGAGGAUGUGGAUAGUAAAGACAAACAUGCGGCUGAUCUGGAUCAGGCGUUAGCAGUUGCAGGACUAGGAUGGUACAAUAUCAAAUAUUGCCUAAUAUUAGCUACGUUCCUGAUAUCUGCUAUCGUGGAACCAGUAGGUUACUCCUUCGUGCUACCAGCAGCGAUGUGUGAUCUGGACAUGACUGACGCACAGAGAGGGUUUAUCGCAUCAAUACCUUACAUAGGUAUAGUCGCCACGUCAUUUCCCUGGGGUUUUCUGGUAGACACCAAAGGUCGUAAGAAGAUGGUAAUACUCGCCUCCUUAACUGCUGGAGUCUUCGGCAUAUUAGCUGGCUUCAUGCCAGAUCUAAUCACUUUUGCAAUUUGCAAAUUCCUCACAGCACUUUGCAUAGCCUGCCCGGCGGCAGUGCCCUACACGUUCAUAGGUGAGAUCCUUCCUGCCAAGAACCGGGAUGUCAUCCUAUCCAUCACUAAUUCUCUACAGAUUAGCGGGUCGGCUUUAGUACCAUUACUUGCUUGGGCAAUAUUACCUCUGGACUUCCGGAUAGACUUCGGAUUAUACCUCUUCAGACCAUGGAGGCUUCUAACAAUCAUAUACGCAGCCUUCUACAUCUUAGCGGCAGUUUUACUACUUUUUGGUCCAGAGAGUCCAAAAUACUUAGUAUCUCAGGGCAAAAUGGAUGAAGCACUCAAAAUUCUUCAAGUUAUGUAUGCAAGGAACAAAAAGAAAUCCCCUGAAGAUUAUCCGAUUAAACGGCUGAUUGCUCCUCCUCGCGACACUGAAAAGAAAAGUUUCCUGAAAACGCUAAAAGUACAAAGCGUACCGUUAUUCAAACCGCCAUAUUUGAAAUGGUUUGCGCUAAACGGAUUCCUUAUGUUUGGAAUCUUCUCAGUAUUAAACGGUCUGUACAUGUGGGUACCAGAUGUCCUAAACAGGGUGCUCACUGGUGACGGCGAAGGCAAAACAGCUUGUGACGUCAUUUUCGAUAGACUUAAUCAGACGGUAGAUGCAGACGCUGAAUGCGUGGAUACAAUAGAAAAUAUUACUUUUGUGAUCAAUUCAGUGGCUAACAUAAGUUGUGCCAUAUUAUCAGUGGCUGUCAGUAGUACAGUCAAGUUUAUAGGCAAGAAGAGACUUCUGAUCUCAUUGUUCUUCGUGAUAGGAACAUUCUGUGUACUUAUCAACUUUAUAACACAAGACAUGAUCUUUGCUGUACUUCUGUCAUCUUUUCCCAUCAUGGGUCUAGCCUUGGGGCCAGUUAAUGCCUAUGCUGUGGAGUUCUUCCCUACGAAUUUGAGGGGCAUGGCUAUAGGCCUGACAAUGAUGAUUGGACGUAUUGGGUCUAUAGUCGGCACCAACGUCGCUGGCAUCCUGCUGAAUGUGUUUUGCGAAUUGACAUUCUAUCUAUUUGGAGGUUUAUUACUGUUUUGUGGUGUACUCUCGUUCGUGCUACCAAGUUCUCAAAGCCCACCAACAAAUAAGAAAGUUCAAGAAAUAGAAGAUACCAGACUGUGAAACUACAUAGUUAUUAAAUGCAUUUCACAAUAAAUUAAGAUUUUUAU